UUCCUUCUGAAUUGCAGUGAGUGUGACGGGAGCCUCCGAGUCCUGAGUGAUGAAGAGAUUUGAACCUCAUAUUGACACGAGUGAAAGUGACACAAAAGAUCCCAAACCUCAGUCCUGUCAGCAGACUGAUGGAAUGUUGUCACUCACUGCAAAGAGAGAAAAAUCGUGCAGCUGCCACCAGUGUGGAAGAACUUUCAGCUGGUUAAAAACUCUGAAGACACACCAAAACAUGCAGGCAGCAGAGGAUCAGUGCCAGUGCACUGGCGACGAAGAGAAAGCACACUUAUGUGACCUGUGUCACAAAGGCUUCAGGAGACACCAGCGUACACACACCACAGAGGAUGUGCACCACUGCGACCAAUGUGGGGAAGACUUCACUACGUUAUCUGCUCUAAAACAACACCAAUCUGUCCACGGCACAAAGAAACUGCACACGUGUGACCAGUGUCAGAAAUCCUACAGCCUGUUAAAAACUCUCAGGAGACACCAGCGUACACACACCACAGAGGGUCGGCACCAGUGUGACCAGUGUGAGAAAACCUUCAGAUUUUUUUGUGAUCUAAAAAGACACCACAUUGUUCACGGUGGAGAAAAACCAUACACCUGUGACCAGUGUAGCACAACGUUUGGGUAUUUAUCUCACCUAAAAAGACAUGUGCUGAUCCACAGUGGAGAGAAACCACACACAUGUGACCAAUGUGAGAGACGUUUCAGCCGAUUAUCGCACUUAAAUUCUCACCAACUCAUCCACAGCAGAAGUAAACCAUACACAUGUGACCGAUGUCAGAGAAAGUUUAGAUUGCUGUCUGGCCUAAAAAGGCAUCAGCUCAUCCACAGUGGGGAAAAACCGUACACGUGUGACCAGUGUGAGAAAGCAUUUAGGUUGGUGUCUGACUUGAAAAGGCACAAAGUUCUCCACAGCGGAGAGAAACCACACAAAUGUGACCUGUGUCCGAGAGCUUUCAGACAGUUCUCAAACCUAAAAGCACACCGACAAACCCACAGUGGAGAGAAACCAUACCCAUGUGACCAGUGUGAGAGUGCUUUCAGCAGUUUGUGUCACUUAAAAAGACACCUGUUGAUCCACAGUGGAGUUAAAAUGUGUGUCUGCGAGCAGUGCGGGAAAGCUUUCAACCGAAUGUCUCAUCUAAACAGACACCAACUGAUCCACAGUCCCAACAAACCUUACAAAUGUGACCAAUGCGGGAAGAGUGUCCGUGAUUUAGUAACACUCAAGACUCACCAGGUUUCCCACUCAAAAGACAAGAUCUCACACUGUGAUCAGUGUGAGAAGUGCUUUAUUUCUUUGCCUUCAUUUCGUGCUCAUUUGCGUAUCCACACAGGGGUGAAACCCCACCAAUGCCCAGCUUGCAAUAAAAGUUUCUUUACACCUUCGGCGCGUAAAGCACAUGCGCGGGUUCACACAGGAGAGAAACCAUACAGCUGUGACAAGUGUGACAAGAGCUUUAGAAAGAAGAGUUCAUACAACAACCACAAACUGAUUCACACCGGCGCCUUGGCGAACCAGGGCGGACAGUGCGCAAAAAGCUUCAAUUCGUUACACAGUCUCUCCAAAGAUGAAUGCACCCAAACGUGUGUGGACUCUGUGAAAGAAGAGCCUGCAGUUCAACUCAGUGAACUGGACGCUGCACAUUCUGAUGAAGAGACGCAUGCCUAA